CACUCUAUUCUGUAUAUACACACCAUGCUCAUGCUCAUGCUCCUUUAAUUUCUACCUCUUAGAUAUAUAUAUAUAUAUAUAUUACUACCAAAACCAACCCUAGCUAAUUAAUUCUUCAUUUUAUCACACCAAAUUUGCAAUGAAAUCACUCCCACUUGCCUCCUUCUAUUUCUUCAUUCUUUACAUUUUUCGCCUCCGCGCCGCCGUCGCCGAUGCCGGCGGGUGGGAGUACGGUCACGCCACCUUCUAUGGCGGCGGCGACGCUUCCGGCACCAUGGGCGGCGCGUGCGGUUACGGAAAUCUGUACAGCCAAGGGUACGGCACGAACACGGUGGCACUAAGCACGGCGCUGUUCAACAACGGCCUCACGUGCGGCGCGUGCUACGAGAUGCGGUGCACCAACGACCCCCGAUGGUGCUUGCCGGCGACCAUCACCGUCACCGCCACCAACUUCUGCCCCCCAAACUUCGCCCUCCCCAACAACAACGGCGGCUGGUGCAACCCCCCGCUGCAGCACUUCGACAUGGCCGAGCCGGCCUUCCUCCAAAUAGCCAUCUACCGCGCCGGCAUCGUCCCCGUCGUCUACCGCCGCGUCCCCUGCGUCAAAAAGGGCGGCAUCCGCUUCACCAUCAACGGCCACCUCUACUUCAACCUCGUGCUCAUCACCAACGUCGCCGGCGCCGGCGACGUUCGCGCCGUUUCCAUCAAAGGCUCUCGGACGGCGUGGCAGCCGAUGUCCAGAAAUUGGGGGCAAAAUUGGCAGAGCAACGCCAUUCUUAACGGCCAAAGCCUCUCCUUUCAAGUCACCGCCAGUGACGGUAGAACCGUAACCAGCUAUGACGUGGCGCCCUCUGAUUGGCAGUUUGGUCGCACUUACGAAGGCGCUCAAUUCUAACUGCAUGUACUAUACCAUCAUUUUACUCUAAUUAUGCAUAAUGCAUAUACAAAUAUAAAUAUAAAUAUUUAUAUAUAUUAUCGAUUUUAUCGUCUUCACUUAUAAUUUAAAUUAGAUUAUACUAUAUGUUUCUAUGUAUUUGUGUAUUGGGCUGUUUUGGGCCUUUGUGGUGGUAUGUUGGGCUUUGAAGCAGGAGUGGAUACGAGCAUCCGCUGGCCCAUUAUUUACUAAUUUAUCAAUGGUGAGUGGCGACAGGUAGACAAUGUUUACUUUUUCU